ACUGGACUGUACAGACUGUGAAGUGUAGACGACGGUAGACUGUACAUAACUGAGAAACUGACCCAUCGUCUACUCAAAGUGUCUCCUAAUUUCUAGCUAACCUGGAUACGUUGCAAGUGAAUUUCUAUUUAUUAAAUAAUUGAUUUUCUAAAUCAAUUAAUCGUUGUGUUCGUGAAAUUAACUGCUAAUUUUUGUUUUAACCCACUUUAGAGUUGAUGAUAGUUUCUGUUUUCGGUUAAUGCACGUUUGCUUCUGUACCUAUCGUUUCUUCCAUAUCAUUAUGAGAGUGAACAGGCAAUUUCUGAAUGGUUGAAGAUUUCAAACUAUAGAAGAAAAUAAAUUCUCUUUGAAAUUAGUUAUUUUCACGACGAAUAAGAAUGUACAAUGAGCCAAUUCAUUUUCGAGAGGCUGAUAUGCUUGAUUCGCAGGGGUCAAGGCCGUGUCCCGGCCUCACAGGGCUGCGAAAUAUCGGGAACACGUGUUUCCUCAACUCCAUUGUGCAGUGCCUGUCAAACACAGACUUGCUGAGGGAGUUCGUUGUUUCUGGUGAAUACCUGAAUCACAUUCGAUCCGAAUCCCGGGGAGAUGUGAUACGCGCAUUUUCAGACCUUCUCAGCGAUAUCUGGAUUGGUGAGAAGGCGUGUGCUGAUCCUACAAACUUCAAACUGCAGAUCCAGCGGUUUGCGCCUAGAUUUACGGGAUAUAGUCAGCAAGAUGCCCAGGAGUUUCUCCGGUAUCUGCUAGAAGGUCUUCAUCAGGACGUCAACAAGGUGACUGUGAAACAUCGCCGUAUCCUACCUGAGCUUUCAGACGAACUUCCCGAUGGACAAAAAGCGUUGGAAAGCUGGAGGCAAUACUUGACGCUAGAAAACAGCCAUGUCGUUGAGUUAUUCGUGGGACAAUUGAAAUCUACUCUCACAUUUACUAAUUGCGGCCAUCGGUCGACAACCUUCGAGCCUUUCUGGGAUCUUUCGCUUCCAUUGGUACAGACAACUACCCAUGAACUGAAGCUGUCGGACUGCUUCGACCAAUUCAUGCAGGAUGAAAUCCUGGAUGGCGAUAACAUGGCAAAAUGCACUCGCUGUAAUGCACAACGGCGAUGCACAAAAAGGUACUCAAUACACAAGUACCCUCGCGUGCUCGUGGUGCAUCUGAAGCGAUUCUCACCGAACAACAAAUUUCACAAACUGAUGACUAGCGUCAACUUCCCGAUCGAGGGUCUCGACCUGAGUCCGUACUCUGACAACACACAUGGCGACCAAGUCAUGGAGUACGAUCUGUAUGCGGUGUCCAACCACAGUGGCACCACGCUGUCUGGCCACUACACCGCCAACUGCAGGCAUCCCAUCACCCAGGAGUGGCACUGCUUCAACGACUCAAACGUUACUUCCAUUCAGGCGAACCGCGUCGUCACAUCGAUGGCCUACGUUCUAUUCUACGAGCAGCGGUCGACCAGAUGCCAGACUAACCGCGACUGCUACUUGCCAACCGAAGACAAGAGUUAGCAACUUUCACAACACAACUCAUAAGAACAGUAAUACCUUAAAAUACUGGUACCCCAAUAAAUUAUUUUAGAAAUUUCAAUCAAUUUAAAAAAAGAAGAAAUUUCAUCAAUCAUUUAUCUUGGAAAAACACAAUUUCCGUUUUUUAAAAAGACGUACCGGUGCAGUCUUGUAAUCCUAGAUAAUUUAGUAUAAUAACUAGUAUCCUAAUAAUUUAUUAAAUUUCAAUAAUUAUCAGCUAUAAAAUUUUAAUCCUAGACAGAUAGACAAAAAUGUUUGUUUCCCCAAAUAUUUAUUUUAUUUUAUUUAUUCUGGACCUCUGACAGGACAUGAGAUGGCCAGCCAUCUUAGAGCCAGGAAAAGACAUUUAUUCUAGACAGAGAAGUAAAUAAAAUUUUAUUUCUUCUUGACCCACUUGUUUAUUAUAAUAACUAGUAUAGUAAUAAUUUAUUAAAUUUGAAUAAUUAUCAGCUAUAAAAUUUUAAUCCUGGACAAACAGACAAAACUUUCUGUUUUUCCUAAUCUUUAUUUUAUUCUAGACCUCUGACAGGACAUGUGAUUGACAGUCAUCUUAGAGACGGGACAUGUCAUUUAUUCUAGACAGAGAAAUAAAUAGAAUUUUAUUUCUUCUUGACCUACUUGUUUACUAUAAUAACUAGUAUUGUAAUAAUUCAUUAAAUUUGAAUAAUUAUCAGCUAUAAAAUUUUAAUCUUAGACAAACAGACAAAACUUUGUUUUUCCUAAUUUUUAUUUUAUUCUAUUUAUUUUGGACAUCUGACAGGACAUGAGAUUCACAGUUAUCUUAGAGACAGGACAUGUCAUUUAUUCCAGACAGAGAAAUAAAUAAAAUUUUAUUUCUUCUUGACCUACUUGUUCUAUUUUCUAUACUUGAAUUUUUAAUUAUUUCAAAAAGUUAUCAGAACAUGUUUUUCAUUUAAAACAAUUCUCCUGUCCCAAUUUGCGUUUUGGAUAGUACGACCUUAUUUAGUUUAUUAAUAAAAUAGUAGGUUUAGACUGCUUGUGAUCUGGUCGUCCUACAAGUGUGCAGCUUUAAUUAGAAUUCAAAUAAUUAAAUGUAAUAAUUAGCUUUCCAAGUUGUCAAAAACAAGUUUUUUUAAAAAUAAAGUUCAUUAAUGCUUUUUGAGUUAUAUUUUUAGCUUCUACUGGGUUUUCCAGCUGCAUUAAUUGAGAAAUAAAUAUAUUCAGUUUUUUAUCAUUGAAACCAUUUUUGAAUGUUGGAGAUUUCACUUUCAGCAACCGUAUCAUCUCAGUUUCACUUGGAAAAAAUUAUAGCUGUGUUGAAUUAAUGUAGGAUACUGUAUACUAUCUUAAUUCUCUAUUUCGAAACACAAUUCGUUAAUAACUUGAGAUACAAGAUUUAGAGGUACAAGGUUUUACGAAUAAAGCUUUAUCGAAUUGAAUUAAAGAACAUCACUUGACACAAGCAUUGAACUGUAAUCAAAUUGUGAACCAAUUUAAUGUCAAUCCUGGUUUAAUGGAAUUUUCCCAAGUAACUAAAUAGGUCGGAAGAUUAGACACUUCACACGACUAGUUUCGGUUAAAAUAUUGUCGUUAUCAAGUGUCAAAAUGAAUUCGGCUAAACUUGCUAUUAUCAUGCAUCGAAAUGAAUUUUUGACACUUUGCAUUCAUUUUCCAAUAUAGAUAAUAUAGCUGGAUUCAUUCAGACUUUUUGAUGACAAACAUGAAAAUAAAAUAAGGGUACUAGUAAUUCUUUGUAAUCAAUCCCGUUUUAUUUGCUGAGGACAAAUUUGCUGAGAUUUUAGAACAUUAGGCCUACUAAUGAUUAACUCUAAAAAUAGGUUGUUGAAUUAACUGUAUCGAUUUAUUAAACACAAAGGAACAUUAUAAUAAUUGGUGCAUAAUAGUUUUUUCAUGAUGAUGCUCACUGAAAGUAGUAACAUAAGUAGUAAUAUAGCACCUAAACGUAUGCAAAGGGAGAUAUGAAUAAACCUUCAUUUUUAGACGGGUUACUGGGGUUCCUAAUUGAUGUCUGUUAGCAGAGCGCUAUUUAAGCUAACACCUUUCACUGGUAGAACUAUUAUCUACGGUAUUUAAUCUUUGUAAAUUGACGGUUUCACGAGCGAGGGAAACCACUAACCUUCAAAAUAUUUGUUUCUUAAGAAAUAUUUUAUCUCAACUAGAUACACUUAAUUUUUUUUUGUUCUUCGUUAACAAGUUUCUAUUCAAAUUACAGUAUUUUAAAAUUAUAGUGCUUUGUAGUCUCUUAAGGCUAUACACAUCGCUUUUGGAAACUUUUUUUGUGUCUGACAUUUUCCAAUGUAUUUCGAUUUGGAACCUAUAAAGUUACCAAAAUGGACCAAAUUUCUAAAUAUAUACUUUUUAUCAUUUUUACAUUUUGAGAUUGCCUUAAGUGGAAAUCUUCAGGGUGAUCCAUUUCUGAAUUGGUAGCAAAUCAAUUCAUGAGGCUAUAUUCUCCAAGAUAUUUCUUAUUCAUGACACAUUCGAUUUCUCAGAAUAUCAAUUCUAGGGAAGCUUAUUCCAUUUAAAAAAUAACCUAAUGUCUGUUACUUUUUUAAAAAUGGAAUGAACUUUAACAUAAUUAGUAUUCUGAGGAAUCAAGGAAGAAUAUUCUGAGUCAUGAGAUGAACAAUAUCUUUGAGAAUGUAUCCUCAAAAUUUCAUGAAUCUAUUUGUUAGCGAUUCGGCAAUGGAUCACCCCAAAGAUUUUAACUUUCGUCUCAAAAAGUAAAAAGGAUAAAAACGUUUUUCUUUGGAAAUUUGUUCAAUUUUGGUAAUAUCCAAAACUUUCAAAAAUGUCACCAGUAAAAAGUUUUCCAAAAGCGAGGUGCACAGCUUUUUGAAGCAAAUGGAUAAAAGUACAUAUGGUUCAUCGUUUAAAAUGAAGGUUAACCCAUUUAUUUUGCUGAAAUUGUUCUAGAGAUUCGUGGACGCCAAUUACUUUCAAUUUAUAUAACCUAAACUGUAAUAGGCAUUCACAGAUGAUUCUGGUUUCUAAUCUUGCAAUAUAAAUGCAAUUUGAUGGGUUAGAAUAGCAAUAACAGUCUGCACUAUUUCGAAUUAAUUAAAUUUUGUAGUAAAUUAUUCAACUAGUUCUAAAAUGAGCCCAAUUUUAAAAGUAUAUAAGUAAUGUAGACCGUUCUAUUGCUCAACAAUAUAACACAGAUUUACUAGCGUGGGUAUUCUAUAUUUUGAUUCCAUAUUUUUCUUUUCAUACUAACAGUAACUAUAUGGAAUAAGAAGUAAUUUGAUAAGUACAUCGGUUGUGUAAGUAAAUCGUAUAUCUACUGCAAGGCCUAUUCCUAAUAAGAUGACAGUCAUGUCCAACUCACUGUUGAUAUUAGAGCUGAAUAAGUACAAUUUAAAAAUAUUAAAUAGGAUAAUAUUGUUGAUCAUUAUUAAAAUAUUAUAACCCGAUUGAACUGUAUUAAAGUGGUACAUGAUUGCGAAUCACCCUAUGACAGAUAUUUUUCUUCUGAUGAUGUACCUUAUUCCCAUGGAGUGAUAAAUUUAUUUUUGGAGAUAUCUUCCCCAUGGUAAAGAAUAAACAAUAUGAUAAUUAUUGAUAAACUAGGAAAUGGAUGGUUGAUUUGUGAUUAUAAGAUUAAUGUUCGAUUUUUGUUGAUACUUUGUCCUCGGCCCAGUUUAAUAUAAGGUUUGCUGUUGGUUUCUUGUGAUUUUUCCGUUAUUUAGAAUAAAGGUAUACCGUAUAAGAUCGUGACAAAUCGGCAUAGUACACUAUGUUGAGAGUAUUUGUUGACAUCCAGUAUUAUUUUCUCGUUUUUUAAGUACAUUUCUCGUUUCAUUACUUUCACAAUAUUAUUUCUGAUGUCGGUACUGAUAUUUCUGUUGGUAUUGGUUUUUGAUUUCAAAUUCUCAAAGUUGUUAGUAGUUGAAAAUUUGUGCAAUUUAAUCAUACUUCAUUUGAAUGAUGACAAAAAUAAUGUGAAAUAAUAAAGUGACUUGUACACAAAGA